AUGGAAUCUAAGCAGUUGAGAAUAAAACGCGGUCAAUUGAAAGCGCAACUUACUCGUAUUCAGACAUUUUUCAGAACAACAGAUGAGCCAACAGUAGCUGAAGCACGAAGUUCUCUCGAGAGCAUACAGGAAAACUUAACCGAGGAGGAGGAGUUGCAGGAAGCUCAAAGCGACAGUGAGGCUGAACGUGCAGCGUUCGAAGUAAUGUAUUACGACGUGGCGGCGAAGACUCACGGUAACAAUCGUCAGAACGAAAGGAAUUAUGUAAGAAGAACCAAGCCCAAGCUGCCGGAAAUAAAACUCCCUGAAUUUCGCGGAGAAUACACGAAAUGGAUGUUUUUCAAGAAUAAUUUCGAAUCGACAAUUCAUAACGAUAAGGAUCUCUCGCCGGUGCAAAAGUAUCAAUAUCUGAUAUGGGUGCUUCAAGGUGAAGCUCGACAAGUAAUUCAAGGUUUUAAAAUUUCAGAUGAAAACUAUGAGAGUGCAUGGAAAUGGCUCAAGGAUACCUAUGACAAUGAGAUGAUCAUAAUCGAGACACAUCUCGACGAAUUGUUAAAAUUUCCGAAUAUCACGAAGGAAAAUAAAGCUGAAUCAAUCCGACAAUUUAUUUGGCAUAUUCAGACACACGUCAAAUCGCUUGAAGCGUUGCAAUAG